AUGAGAACACACACAGGAGAAAAACCAUAUGAAUGCCAUCUGUGUGGGAAGGCCUUCACUCAAUCAUACAAUCUUACUUGUCAUGAGAGAAAGCACACAGGUGAAAAACCAUAUGAAUGUAAUGUGUGUCACAAAGCGUUUACUCUUCUUAACACCCUUAAAAUUCAUAAGAGAAAACACAGUGGAGAAAAACCCUAUGAAUGCCAUCUAUGUGGGAGGGCAUUCGUUCGGUCUUCUGACCUUGUUCGCCAUGAGAAAACACAUACAGGAGAAAAACCAUAUGAAUGUAAUGUGUGUCAAAAAGCUUUUACUUUUCUUAAAAACCUUAAUGUGCAUAAGAUAACACACACAGGAGAGAAACCACAUGAAUGCCAUCUGUGUGGGAAGGCCUUUAAUCACUUAUCUAACCUUAUUAUCCAUAAGAGAACACACACAGGAGAGAAACCAUAUGAAUGCCAUCUGUGUGGGAAAGCCUUCACUCAAUCAGGUCACCUUACCAGGCAUGAGAGGAUACAUGCGGGUGAAAAAUUAUGA